AAGACAAAGAAGAAGAAGCGCUUUUGUGUGAUUGUUGAUGAUGGCUCUACAACUGUUCCAAGUGCCACUGGCACCCUCAUCCAAACCCAAAUGCAUCGACUACCCCAACAUCAGAAGCAGCAACUUCUACCACCAACAUACACCAUUUCUGGGUCUUAAUCUCUGGAGUAGGAGGAGCAAUGGUGUUCGUAGUAGGGGGUUUGAAUUGGCUGCUGUUGACAAGAACGAAUUGCUAUUUGGUGCCUCACCGGAUAAAUCUGUGCAAGACCCAAAUGCCCAAGAAGAAGAAGAUGAUGAACAAGAAGAAGAAGAAGAAGAUGCACCUCCACCCACCCCUCAGGAUCUUGAAUACGUUCGCGAAAUCCGGAGAGUUUUGGAACUUCUCAAGAAAAACAGAGACAUGAUAUUCAGUGAGGUUAAGCUGACUAUAACUAUAGAGGACCCUAGAGAAGUUGAGCGAAGGAGAUUACUUGGAAUCGAUGACGCUGAUGCUCCUACCAGAGAUGAUUUAGCUGCUGUCUUGGAGGAAGUUCAUGAAGGUAAAGUCCCAAAAGAUCGCAUUGCUCUUCGAUUGCUAGCUGAGGAAAUGCUAAACUGGCCCAACUUAGAGGUUGAAGUACAAAAGAAAAAGCGCACGAAGUCCCUAUAUGCAAAAGCCACUGACACUGGUAUUGAUCCUCAAGUGGCUGCUAAAAGACUCAACGUUGAUUGGGAUUCAGCUGCUGAAAUUGACGAUGCUGAUGCCGACGAUGAGACAGAAGUGCCUCCCAUUGUGGGUUAUGGAGCACUGUACUUGGUCACCGCUUUUCCAGUCAUUAUCGGUAUUUCAGUUGUAUUAAUAUUAUUCUAUAACUCUCUCCAGUAGGAACUAGGAAGGCUUUUGUAUUAAUUAUACAAUUCAACCUCAAAUAUGAUGUCAAUCACUUUGUAUUUGUAUAUUCCAAUAAUAUUGUC